GGGUCAUAGGUGGAGAUGGCGAAAUAGAUCUUGAAGACCUAAGAUCUCAAUUUCGCGUCGCGACCCAAGACCGCAGCUAGCAAGUACACGACAUAUAACUACUCGGACAUUACAUGGUCCUUAUAUGGGGUCUACUGGCGCCAGGCUCGUAAGAUGUGUAUCAUGGAGCUUUUCAGUGCGAGGCGGCUCGACUUGUAUGAGUACAUACGUGUGGAGGAAACGCAUGCGCUCCUUCGUGGCCUCUUCGCUGCAUCAGGGAAGGCUAUUACACUGAAAGACUAUCUAUCCACCAUUAGUCUCAACGUUAUAAGUCGAAUGGUGUUGGGGAAGAAAUAUACUGAGGAAUCAGCGUCUGAGACGCCGAUUGUGACACCGGAGGAAUUUAAGAAGAUGAUUGAUGAGCUGUUCUUGCUUAGUGGGGUGUUGAAUAUCAGGGACUCGAUCUCGUGGAUCGGGUUCUUGGAUUUGCAAGGGUAUGUGAAGAGGAUGAAAGCUCUUAGCAAGAAGCUGGACCGGUUUCUGGAGCAUGUGAUCAACGAACAUAAUGAGAGGAGGCAUGGUGUGAAGGAUUAUAUGGCAAAAGAUAUGGUUGAAGUGCAUCUGCAGCUCAUCGAAGAUCCGAAUCUCGAAGUCAAGCUUGACCGAAGCGGCGUCAAGGCCUUCACACAGGACCUAAUCGCCGGCGGCACUGAGAGCUCGGCCAUUACGGUUGAGUGGGCCAUAUCAGAGCUAUUGAAAAAGCUGGAAAUUUUUGAGAAAGCAAUGGAAGAGCUGGAUAGAGUGAUCGGCCAACAUCGAUGGGUCAAAGAGAUGGACGUGGCCCACCUGCCCUGCAUCGAAGCGAUCAUGAAAGAGACGAUGAGGAUGCACCCAGUGGCGCCAAUCCUCGUGACCCGCCUUGCCAGAGAGGAUUGCACCAUUGAUGGCUAUGAUAUUCCAGCAGGGACCCGGGCACUUGUUAACAUAUGGACCAUUGGACAGAACCCCAUGAUUUGGGACAGCCCGAACGAGUUCCAACCGGAGCGGUUCAUGAUCAGUCGGGUAAUCGACGUGAAGGGUCAGGAUUUUGAAUUGUUACCAUUUGGAUCAGGGAGGAGGAUGUGUCGAGGCUAUAACUUAGGGCUUAAGGUAAUCCAGCUUACUUUGGCUAAUCUCUUGCAUGGAUUCAAAUGGAAGCUCCCUGGAAAAAUGAUGCCUAAGGAUUUGAACAUGGAUGAAAUCUUUGGCCUAUCAACGCCUAAGAAGAACCUGCUCGUGACUGUGGUCGAGCCCCGGCUUCCGGCUCAUGUAUACCGCGAGUGAUUACUGACAAUUUUCAUAGUUU